UAAGAAAAUUGCGUGUGCAAAGGUAGAUAUUGAAUGUAAAAUGUUAUGCAAAAUGUUACGCAAAAAUCUUUUAUCUAUGAUAAGUGACAGCUUAUUGAAAAGAAAUAAAUGUAUUGUGAAUGUUGCGUGUCACUCUGUGUUAAGCAAAGGUACACAUGUCGAUUCUGAAAAACCAGAAAACACCACCAUGAAGAAGUUGAAUAAUAAAAUUGAGAAAAUCAAGUUGAAUACAACAAAAGUAGGGAGCAAGUCUACAAGCAGAGAUGAGAAAUAUGACCUCACUGAGUAUCUAGCGGAUAAUCUUGAUUCAGAAAUAAUUAAUAUAUGCUUAAAUAUAUCCAGGAAAACGGAUGGAAGUGAUAGGAAUUUAUUAUGCUUGGUUGACAGUCGUGUGGCUGCAGAGUUUGUUUCUAUCAUCAUAGAUGAUCUCUUGAAGGACACAUGUUUCGUCGCUGAAUUGAAUCCUAGUGUUGGUAUGUUAACUACAGAAUUGUUGAAAGCUGGUGUACCGCUGAUUCAUCUGUAUGAGGAAAGGAAGGAAUUUGAUUCGAUAUUGAAGAAUCUGAGCGAUAGUUAUCCUGGCAGAUUGGAUCGAAGAAGAUUCAAUCUUUUCAAAAUGAACACCCUAAUGUACCUUGAUAAGAUAACAAAUAGAGAUAGCAUGAUCAAAGUUUUUCAAGGGGUGAAAAGCAAGAAAUGGGAAGACAAAUGUAUGCAAGUGAUUGGUGCGACAAGCAAUAUGACAUUCAUGAGACAUAUUAUAUACAGUCUAUUGUUUCGCAAUUCAUUUAUGACUCAUGGAAGGACUGUCUUCUACAUGGCAGUACCACCGACCAUGUGGAAUAAAUAUACUUGUGACAACAGACAGAAUACUACAAUAAAGCUGCUAUUCCAACUGAUGUUCAAUUACAAACUCCUGGGGAAAUUAAAGAGGAAAGCUUUCUUACCUUGGCUGAAAAAGAAAAGAAAGAAGAAAAUAAGGUCACGAGAAAGUGAAAUACUGGAUGAGAUGGAUUACAAUGAAAUGUUUGUUGUAAAAGUUGAACCAAAAAUCGACAUAUACUCGAGACUGUCGCAAGAAGACUGGAUAAAAUUUUGGUACUUUAUCAGACAUACUAUGUAUAGACGCACUAACAGAGUGAUACCCGAAAUUGAAAAAUGGAUACCAGGCAGUGGAGUAAGGAUAAUAGCACAAUGUAGCUAUACAAUAUUCACAGAAUUUGGUGAUUUGACGCCCGAGGAAUAUUUAAAGCUCUUCAAGGAAUUUCAAUCGUGGCCGGAGUAUAAAACGUCUAGUUUUCUCGAAUCUAUGAAGGAUGCUCUAAGUACGUUCGACGAAACGACAAUUUUGCAGUUCAUUGCCAAAAAUGACAAUAUGCACGAUUAGUUUUACAGUGUAUUUCUCUCUAUGCAUACGUGAAUACUAAAAGCUUAUUUCUUUUUU